AAAAAAGUAAUUUACAUUUUAUGAUUCUGAAAUUAGUAAACUUAAUGACAAUAAGUAAUAAUAAUAAUGGAACUUCAUAUUCCUUUCACUGGCCAUUUUACUGUGAGUGGCAACACUGCAGGGAUGUUCGCGAUGAACCGACUUGCGGAGUUAUUUUAUUUAUUGUUUUCCAAUAUAAUACCCUAUUUAAAAUUAAUAGGCUGGGGAAAUGAAUAUUAAAAAAAAAAACGAUUUUUUUUCAUAUUGGCAUGAUCAUAAUCAAAGUUCGUCCUAUUAGAAAUAUUGGUGGAUAGCAUUGCCUAAUCGACAAGAGUGUUGUUAUUGUUGAUGUGGCAGUGCGAAGGACACGUAGGUGCUGCAGUUGCUGCCUCAGGCCUGGCUGUGGUGCAUAUGUUUAUUUGGUAGCUAGCACAAAGACAGUAAUUAGAAAGAAAAGCGACAGGAAUCUUUGGGAUUGAGGACUGGGAUUAAGAAAGAAGUGUGAAGAAAGACGGGAAUUAAAACUGGGAGUGACAAGAGACUAAGACAAUACACCACUAAAAACCCGAGGAAUAUAUUUUUGACCGAAUGUCGGAAAAUAAGAAAUAAAACAUUGAAGGAGAUCAAGAAAAACAAAGGAUAGUGACAUAAGAAGCUAUUCAAAGCAUAAUAGAAACAAAGAAGGUUGAGGCCCAGCUGUGGCGGAAGUGCUUCUGCAAGUGUUCCAGCCGCCGUCCCCAUGCCGGCAGCACGCAAGAGGGAGCGGGACAGCGAGGCAGACCACAGGCCGCUGCUCCCUGACGGCGGCGGUGACGAAAUGAGUGGUGAGGGAGGCGGAAGUGGUCUGGCCAAGGACCGCAGCAGCAUCCUGUUAUUGCUGCUGUUGUAUGUGCUGCAGGGGAUACCUCUGGGCCUGGCUGGCAGCAUCCCCAUGAUCCUGCAGAACCGGCACGUCACCUACAAAGACCAGGCCACCUUCAGCCUGUCUUUCUGGCCGUUCAGCAUCAAGCUGCUCUGGGCACCACUGGUUGACUCAGUCUUCCUGGAAGGGAUGGGGCGCCGCAAGUCCUGGCUUGUACCUGCUCAGUACCUCAUAGGUGGCUUUAUGUUGAUGCUGUCUUCAUACAUUGAUGUUUUGUUAGGGGAAGGAGAGUCCCACACUCCCAAUGUAGGAGUCAUCACCACUGUAUUCUUUAUGCUCAACUUUUUGGCUGCCACACAAGACAUUGCUGUUGAUGGGUGGGCACUCACUAUGCUCUCCAGAGAAAAUGUUGGUUGGGCAUCAACAUGCAAUUCUGUGGGCCAGACAGCAGGCUACUCUUUGGGUUAUGUGGUCUUCCUGGCUCUGGAGUCUGAGGACUUCUGUGUGCACUAUCUUGGCCAGUCUGGUUCAUUGGUCACUCUCUCAGGGUUUUUGUACUUUUGGGGCAUUUUGUUCUGGAUCACUACUACUAUUGUCUGGGUCCUCAAACAUGAGGAGCCUUCCUCUCUGAUGGAGAAGAAUGAGGGUCUGGUGGGGACCUACAGUGUGCUAGGCCAAAUCCUGAAGAAGAAAACCAUGUGGGACCUUAUUCUGGUGCUCCUCACUUGUAAGAUUGGCUUUGCUGCAUCUGACGCCUUGACAGGUCUCAAACUGAUAGAGAUCGGAGUGCCGAAGGACCGUCUGGCUCUGCUCUCCAUUCCUAUCAUACCCGUGCAGAUCCUCCUGCCUCUCUACAUCUCCCGACAAACAGCAGGCCCGCGUCCCCUUGACCCCUUCAUACUGGGAUAUCCUCUCAGACUGGUGUUUGGUCUUGUGUUUGCUGGUGUUGUGUAUGUGACACCUCUCUUCAGGUUGGCAGAUGGAUCAUUCCCAUUCCAUUACUAUGGACUCAUAAUUGCAAUCUACCUUAUACACCAGGUAUUUGUCAACUGCAUGUUUGUGGGAGUGAUGGCAUUUUUUGCCAGGAUCAGCGACAGUAGUGUGGGCGGCACUUACAUGACCCUGCUUAAUACCUUUACCAACCUUGGGGGCAACUGGCCGUCCUGGGUGGCCCUGCGUUUUGUGUCAGAACUCACCUGGACCAGCUGCCUUGGGGCUUCACAAGCUGAUACUGUGUCUUCCUGUGCAUCUGAUCGUGAAAAGCAGCUCUGUGAGGAAGCUGGUGGGAGCUGUGCUACAUGGAUGGAUGGAUAUUAUAUAGAGACUGUGGUUUUGGUAAUAGUAGGAUUCUUGUGGAUGCGUUGGGGCUUACCAACCAUUAAAAGACUCCAAAGUCUCCCUGUCUCAGAUUGGGCAGUUUCUCAGCGCACAGACUGAUCAUAGCUUGUGAGUCAUUAACCACAAGCAGAGGCUAUGAGCAGUGUCAGAGGUGUGGCUCUGUGCCAUGCUAGUGGUGUGGCACUGCAUGCAGGGCAAACAACAAGGAUAUGCUUCAGUAUGUGGUGCAAGUCACUAGUAAGAGUGCUGGCAGUUAGUAGAGGGUAAAUUAUUUGUUAUUUUUACAAAACUGUCAUUUUCUAUCCAUCUAUAUAUCUGUGAUGACUUGCUCACAGUGUCACUCAAGAGAAGAUGGCUACAGCAGAAGAGCCUCCACCUCUCUGUAUCCAAACAUUCCUCCCAUUUUUGUUAAAAAGCUUCCUCCUCUACUGGGAUUUCUUUCACAUGUGUACACCAUCUAUCAUCUCAAAGCCAGCUGUCAUCUCAUACUAAAACUUUGUGUAUUUUUUUUUUUUUUUUUUUUUUUUCACCAAACUUUGUUUAUCAUCCUCUCAUUAUGGCCAGACCAUUUUGGUAUAUUUCUAUUCAUUCUUUAGACAACGCAAUUUGUACAGUUCCCAUGCUGCAUAUUUCAUGGAUGUUUUCAUUACCAUUAUCUCCUCUCUCUCUCUCUCUCUCUCUCUCUCUCUCUCUCUCUCUCUCUCUCUCUCUCUCUCUCUCUCUCUCUCUCUCUCUCUCUCUCUCUCUCUCU